AUGACUGAAGACAUAACUCUAGUAGCAGAUUUUCAAGAUCCUGAUCAUGAUCCUCGUAUUGUACCAGGUAAUACUCUAACUUAUUUAAGAACAAUCCAAAGUUUUUAUAAAGAAAUAUUGGACUAUUCUGACAAAUAUAAUCAAAGUAAUGCACAACUAUCAAUUCGUCAAGUAUUAAACAAAUAUGGUGAAACUUAUUAUACAUUAGCUGGCUUAUUAGGAGGUUUACAAGAAUCUAAAAGACAUUAUCAUGGUGUCAUGUACCGUGGCAUGGGUUUAGGAUCUGUAGCAUCAUCGGCAUAUAAAAAAGGGUUAUUAUUUUAUUGGUCAGGUUUUACAUCUUGCACUAAAGAGUUAAAAAUAUCAACUAAAUGGAGUAGAUGUACUGCUGUCUCUGUUAUUAAUAUACCACAAAGAUUUUCUCAUGCAUGCUUCAACAUAGAUGACAUAUCUAAGUUCCCAUCAGAAAAAGAAGUACUAUUGCAACCAUAUACAUGUUUUCGUGUUCUAAAUGACCCUACUCAAUUUAACGACAGUGGAAAGGAUCUAACUAAAAUAGAACUAGUGAUUGAAGAUACUGCAUGUAAUUUAUCUGGUGUGUGGACAUGUGAUGACAACGGGCUUAAUGUAAAAGAUGCUGGUACAUAUUGUAUAAGUCACUACAGACAAAAAAGUAUUCUGAAAACGGCAGAUGAUAUGAGUGGUUGUUGGGAAGGUGAUGAUGGAUCGUGUUAUAUUAUUGGUACUUGUCAAACUCAAAAAUAUUGGUUAGCAAUUGAUAAAAAUAAUAGAUGGGCACAUGUUCGUGUUGGUACAUACAAUAAUAAUAUUAUUAGCAUGAGUUGGGGUGAUUUAAUUAUUGGUUAA